UUGUUGCUGCUUCUUCUGUUGGAGCUGCCGCCGCUGGUUUCAGGAAGCGGAAGCAGGGAUGUUGGGGUUUUUUUUAAAGAAAAAGUUUGUACACUUUUGAUAAUUUUCGUGUGGAUCAACAUACAACUGCGGAGAGACAUGAAGGUUUGUAACUCUGAUGCUGAUGCUAACUUUACAAACGUCGGUCUACUCUGACUGACUGAAUCUGAAGCGGUGACAGAAUAUGGAGAGUGGAGCUGUGGAACUUGGAAAAACUGCUGACCCAGAUUCCCAAGUACAGUCAAACUGCAGUAAAGCAUCGCUACGUCGUAGAGCCUGGGCCCAUAGCAAAGAUUCCACCUGGCACGAAUCAGAUCAGGAGCAAGGUGGGCCCCAGGGUCCAAAACAGGGAGACGGGGAUGCACAGAAACCCUCCGAAGAACCAGGGCAAGUUCCUAACAAGAUCACCAGCUGGCUGAUUGAAUGCAGGACUCCCAUUGGAGCCUCUUUGGAUGACCAGAGUGCUUCUCCCAGCAGAGGAGCACUGCGGAACGGCUGCAGCUUUGAAGAUGACCUUUCACUGGGAGCUGAAGCCAACCAUCUACAGUCCACUGUCAAGAAACCUGAUCCCUGUUUUGGUCUUGCGGCGGAGGACAAGAGGAGUCAAUUUAAGGAGAGAGGAAGAAGUAUGAACUCUACGGGGUCUGGGAAGAGCAGCACAGUGUCCAGUGUGUCAGAGCUGCUGGACCUUUAUGAGGAGGAUCCUGAAGAAAUCCUAUUUAAUCUUGGAUUUGGUCGCGAAGAACCUGACCUGGCCUCAAAGGUUCCCUCCAGGUUCUUCAACAGCUCGUCUGCAGCACGAGGAAUUGACAUCAAGGUCUAUUUGGGAGCCCAGAUGCAGCGCAUGGAGCUGGAGAACCCCAACUACGCUUUGACAAGUCGAUUCCGUCAGAUCGAGGUCUUGACCACCGUUGCUAACGAAUUCUUCCAGCUUUACAGUCAAGUCUCUGGUCAACCUGUUCAAUGUAUUGCCACUAAGGAACACGGAAUAGAUGGAGAACAGGCAGGAAGUGAUGAGCCGCCUCCCUUAAAAAGGGCCAGCUCGGCUCGCAAUGUUGCCAAAUUCCUCAAGAGAACCAUAACCAAGCACAAUCUUCUUGCCGCUCCAUCUGAAUCACCUGAAGCACAAACAGCUAUCAAGAAGACACAGAUGAAUGGACACGCACACUCUGAUCACACACAGUCCAAUGGUCACUCACAUGACUGUCCAGAACAGGAAAGCUCCAAUACCAGUCCUGACCACCAGGUGGACAUAGUCAACUCGAAGUAUAGCCGUAAGAAAGAAAGUGGAUUUCUGGCUACGGUAACUGAGGAAAACAGCGCAGAUGGAGAGACAGAGUCACUGACAGAGAACAGUCCUGAACAGAGUCCCUCUAGACCAGUGAACCUUGAAGAGCAUCCACCAGAGUCAGAUAGUGCUCAAAUAAAAAGUGGGAGAACAGAGGAUGAAUCUCAGAUAGUGACUGAGAAGAGUCUGACCUCGACCCCAGUGAAAGCUCCUCACACCCUGGCCCCACCUCAGCUGGCUCUGCUGCGCACUGAAAAGACAGACUCUUUUGAUAUGGAGGAGAUUCAGAGUAACGACGAUGAGGGUCUGCCUCACAGAACAUCCAGAGCUGCAGAUUUGUCCAGGACAGUCAGCCAGCAAUCUGACAGCAGUGGUUUUGCUGAGGAACCCUCGGCAGACUCUAACGGCUACCUCAAGAUACAGGAAAGCUGUGACAGCUGUGACAGUGAGACCACUGUGACAUCACACCCAUCACAAGAUGUGGCUACACCCCUUGCUGUAGACCAAUCAGCAUUCGAUUUGCCAGAUGGCAAAGAAGAAGAAUGGGUUCCAUGUGAUGCUGUCGAGGUCGAUGGAAGAAAUAGCUUCAAGGACGGUGAUGAGGACAGUGGGACCUCUGAACAUGUUGGGGUUGAGGGAAGGAGCAGCUCCAGGGAAGAAGAGGAGGACAAUGAGAGUUCAGAACAUGUCCAGGUGAAGGAAAGGAGCAGCUCCAGGGAAGAAGAGGAGGACAAUGGGAGUUCAGAACAUGUUGAGAUGAAAGGAAGGAGCAGCUCCAGGGAAGAAGAGGAGGACAAUGGAAGUUCAGAACAUGUCGAGGUGAAGGGAAGGAGCAGCUCGAGAGAAGAAGGGGAGGACAAUUUACAGCAAUUUCCCCAGUAUACAGCUCACUAUUUCCCCCAAAACCGACCAAUGGUAACGUACCAGGGUGAGAGUGAGGAGACACUGGACCCAUCUGAGGAAGGAAACUGGAGUGAGCCAGGACAAGAACAAAGACCAACAUUGGAAGAACACCAAUCAGAAUCUGAGAAAGAAAAAGAACUUGAACCAGCUGCUGAGCAAGGCACAACAUUCUGUGUUGAACAACAAAAGGAAACGAAAACAGAAUUGGGAGUAAAAACAGAACAUGCACAACAAAUAACACAGAAACAGACCAUUUCAGACACAGUGCCUCCAACAAAAAUAGAGGAAGCAAAGGACCGCUCUCAAGAUGAACCUGCAUACAUGGACAGUGGUGAUGAAUGUUCUCUUCCUGUUCCAUCUUCUCCUGUUCUAAGUGCUCUUUACCGGGCUAGACGGAACCAUCAGUGUAGAACAAGGGUGCCAGUAACUUCCAGUGAGAAAAACCAGGGCACAGUGAGAGGACGAGGGAAGCGUAGCAUCCCAUUGCAGAGGUCCUCCUCCCUGCCUUCCUCCAUCAUCUCUCCAACUAGGGUUGUGUCUUCUGUCAGAAUUCAGUUUGGGCAAGGUCAGUCUUCCUGCACACAGCCCACAUACUCUUACAAGUUCAUUCAAAAGGAUGCAGACGUCAAGGAAGAAAUAGAAGGGGGAAAUGAGGAGAGUCGUAGCACAUGUACUCUGCUCAUUAAUCCUGUUUCUCCAACUGGCAAUAAAAGCCAAAUGUCAAGACUUGCACCAGACAAUUCUGUCCCACCAAAACCCAUUCCACGCUACCUGUUAAGGUCACCCUGCUCCCUCACCAGCUCCAGCCCACCUACUGAUUGGUCAUUAGCUGAUCAAGCCCCAUCAUGGAGCUCCCAGAGCAUCCCUGAUCUCUCGUCCAAUCUGCAUUCACCUGCUCAAAUCCAUCACAACAGCCACGUCAAUCACAGCUGGAAUCCAGGGAACUUGAUGUUUCCUCAUCCUGGUACUACUCCUACUCCUCCGUACACAAACCCUCUUCCUAACCCUCCUUCCCUGAAUCCAAGCAUGUACCCAGGCUCUGAUAACCUUCCAUACCCAUCACCUCUCCAACCAUAUGCCAGUCUUCCUAUCCUUGAAAACCAUUACAGUCACCCUAUCCGCCAUCAUUCCAGUAUGUCCAGCCUCCACCAGCCUCCACCACCCUCUGCCCCUCUGCACGCCAGCCUCUCCAACCUACAUCAUGCUUCUACAUCAUCUUCUUAUCCAAACAUAAAUGUAGGUAAUCAGCAUCCAAAACCUUCCUUCCAAAAUCCCCAGGUCUACAACCAUCCAUUCAGCCCUCAGGCAUCAAACCAUGGCACUUCUCAAGCUUCACAGUUUUCCUUACCCUAUGGUGGUUACCAUGGCUAUAAUCCAAACCCACCCAUGGCUUUUCCCCAACCUGCCCCCCACCAAUAUACACACCAUGGACUCCCAACAGGUCAGCUUCCUCCUGCCCCAGGCUUUCUACCGGACUUGACUUCUGCUUAUGGACAAGCCCACAGUUUCCACCCAGGGUUCCCUCAUUAUCCAUGUUCUCCUGCUCCAGGGCCAGGGCCCAGUCAGGUCCUGUCCAGCACAGAAAUGCAGCUGCGGAAGGUUCUGCAUGAUAUCCGGGGAACUCUGCAGAGUCUGAACCAGAACCGAGCCAACACUCCGGACAUGUUAGGUGAAGGAGCUUCUUUUCCCUCCAGCCAGUCUUUGGCUGAGUUUCAGCAGAAGAGGCAGUGUCUGAACUUGUUCCGCAGUCAGAUGAUGGAUCUGGAGUUGUCAGUCAUGCGACAGCAAGCCCUGGUCUACAAACAUCUGAGCCCUUCUGACAGGUUGGAGGUAGAACAUCUCCAGUCACUGAGGACAGCCAUCAGAGAGCAACUACAAGAGUUGGAACAGCAGAUGGAAGAAAAGCUGGCACAGCACAGGGGUCUUCACAGAGACAACAGUGUUGACAGUCUGUCCUCCACCUCUGCACUGAGAGCCAUGGAGCCGGUGUCGGAUCUCCUCCGAGAGCAAUUUUCCCUCCAGUCGGAGCUUAGCUAUGACGGGAACACACCCUCAACCAACGUCUCCACCCGGUCGUCGACUCCAAUCCUUAGAGUAAGAAGAGAUAGUGGUUCGAGACAAGGUGUAUACCGGGCAUCAAUCAACAUAACACCCGUCCCUCCCCCUCGAGGCAACACACAUGUACAGGAAGAGGAAGUGCAAAUGAAUGAAGAAGGAAGUGAAAGAGGUGGGAAGGCUCCAGAGGAAGGACUUACAGGAGGCAGAGGAGUCACUAAUGACAGUCUGCAGCAGCUCAUCAGAGAGAUCCGGGAGAGUGUGGCGCAGGAGGUCCGGCAGGAGAUCUACAGUGAGUUGCUGGCUGCGGUUACACCGCGGGACUCACCUCUGCCCAACAGACAGAAAUAUCUGUAGUCAAUACAAAACAUGAAACAUCACAUUUUUGCCAACGGCCUUAAAAGCCACCACCUGAUCAGCACCACUGUCUGUCUGUAACACUGUUUAGCGGAGUAACACUGUCUGCAUGGAACACUAUGUGUCUGUAACACUGUAUGUCUGUAACACUGAUGACCUAAUGAACGCCUACAUGUGAGGAUCCUCGCCCACAUCUGAUAGACUCUGAACUGAGGAUGUGCAAUGCAUGCUGGGAACGCUACCCUCGGCCACCUUAUUCACUCUGCCUCCUUGUUAAGAAAAUGUGUGAGUUUUUUUUUCACUACACUUGUUUAUUUGUGUUUUCUAUACUUUUGAAGUCAGGCUAAAACUACGACCACUGUCACUAAUACUAUGAAAACACACUAUGAACUGCUAGCACUGCUUGCCACACUGCUGCAUUUAACACCAAUAACAGUUUAACAUCUGAAGGUGUCCAGACCCUGUUCCUAAUCCCAAUGCCGGCUCGGAUCAAUAUAACUGGGAGAGUUGCUGUCAUUAAUGUAUUUCUAUAUAAUUCUGCUGCAAUACUGAAAAGGCUGAUUUUAGCCUUAACUGUGUUGCAAAAGCAGCACAUGGGAGCUCCUUUUUUGACAGUUGUAUACAAGCUUAAAUCAUUUUAUUUUAUGCAUUUGUGCGUUUUACAAACAGUCAUUUCUCAACGUCAGAAGGGUCUGCUGGGGUCAAACUGAGCUUAAUUACAUAGGAUUAUUCCAUGCACAUUUCAUCUUCACAUGAAAGGGCUUUAGAUGUUUUAAGGUAAAUCAUUACUGUGUUAGCAGGCAUGGUCAACAUUCCAUCAUCAUCACUGUCAUCAUCAUCCUCAAUAUCAAUUUGCAUCAUUCCAGAGUUUCCCAAACUUACAAAAGCACUAAACUUUAAGGACCCAAUAAAAUUUUGCACAUAAUUGUAUCAAAAGAUCUGUACGUUAAUUAGAUUGGAACUAUUUAAUCUUGUUUUAUCUCAUGUUCUAUGCACAACAUGAGAAAAUCGAGAUUAUAAGGUGUUAGCCAUUUUUGGUAAUUGAGCAAAAAGUAGCAAUACUUCCUCAUACCACAGUUUGGUUUUUUUAGUAUCACUUUCACCAUAAGUUAUGAGCAUCCGUUUUUUUGUGCAGUCUGUUGUUUGCUGGUGUUCUCACAGUCGGCAUACGUUAGGUGUGUUGAUCACAGUAACAUUCUCAACUAAGUAUGUUUCAGCAGUGUAGCUAUAAAUCCUGUACAAGUACAUUACGCAGACUUAUACAGGAAGGAAUAACGUACAGCUGAUAAAACUCAUUGGUUGUAAAUAAGCAGGUAGUGAGGUCAGUGUGUGAUGUGAUGGGUCAAAGUUGUAGGUCAGAGGUUACUCUAUGGUAGCAGCAGCAGCAGGUAAUGUGAAGUUGUCAUAGAUGUGGUGAUGAUGAUGAUGAUGAUGAUGAUAUGUGAACAGAGGGAGCGAGGAGUUCAGUGCUGGCGGUAUAGGCCAAACCUUGGCAGUGUUGGCAUGUUAGCUUGACGCUGGCUGGUGACAAAACCGUGCAAUAAUAUUCAAAAAUAGUAUAUUUAGAUAAAAUUAUUUUUAAGAUUACAGUUUAUUAAAAAGACUAUUAAAACAUUUCAGAUGUGAUCAAAUAACAUCCUGAAUCACUUGCUUCUGUACCACAAGUUUCCGAAGACAAGUCGAUCUCAGUAACUCCAAUAAAAUAUACUUUCACUAUCUACAAUAGCUGGGAGCCACUCACAAUUCUUUUGUUUUAUUGUCUUCAUGUAAGAAUGUCAAAUUUACUUUACACAUGUUCAUUUUUGUCUUUCUUUAAUUCACAUCCUUGUUGAUAUUUGGGAGAAAUUUGAAGGGAAACACCAUCAAAAGUAAUUUUACAAGUAUCUCAAUUUUAUUUGGUCAAGUUAAGGUGUCUCCACUUGAUCUUAAUGUGAACUCUCCAUCAUGUGAAUUCACCACAUACCUGUAAGGAGACUUUUGAUCUUUGAUUCCAGUCAUUGUUUAUGAUCCUUGUGUUUGCAGAACAUGUUUUUGUUUUCUUUUUUAAUUUUGUCUGCUGGACACUUACUGUGAGCUCAGUUGCUCCCCACGGUGUUCACUUUACUUUGUGUUUUUAUACUGAUCUAAGAUCCUUCACACAUGUCUAAUUAAACUUUACAUGUUGGUGCCUAUUAAUUUCUGUUGAUGACUAUUAAUAAUGUAUUUUGUACUGAUGUAUGUCAGUGGGUUGCAGGGAGAGAUCACUCUGUAGAAUGACAAUAAUAAAGAUGUAUUUAUUUUCAUUACAAA